AUGCCCCGUGCUGGGCUCUGUAGCUGCUGGGGUGGCCAGGUAUUGCCCCUGCUUCUGGCCUAUAUCUGCUACCUGCUGCUCGGGGCCACCAUCUUCCAGCUGCUGGAGAAGCAGGCAGAAGCUCAAUCCAGGGACCAGUUCCAGCUGGAAAAGCUGCGCUUCUUAGAGAACUACACCUGCCUGGACCAGCAGGCCCUGGAACAGUUUGUGCAGGUCAUCCUGGAAGCCCGGGUGAAAGGCGUGAACCCCAAAGGCAAUUCCACCAACCCUAGCAACUGGGACUUCGGGAGCAGUUUCUUCUUUGCAGGCACAGUAGUCACUACCAUAGGCUAUGGAAACCUGGCACCCAGUACGGAGGCAGGUCAGGUCUUCUGUGUCUUCUACGCCCUGAUGGGCAUCCCACUCAACGUGGUCUUCCUCAACCACCUGGGCACAGGGCUGCGUGCCCACCUGACCACACUGGACAGGUGGGAGGAUCAUCCCAGGCAUUCCCAGCUUCUGCAGGUCCUGGGCCUGGCUCUGUUCCUGACCUUAGGGACCCUGGUCAUUCUCAUCUUCCCACCCAUGUUCUUCAGCCACGUGGAAGGCUGGAGCUUCCGUGAGGGCUUCUACUUUGCCUUCAUCACCCUCAGCACCAUUGGCUUUGGAGACUAUGUUGUCGGUACAGACCCCAGUAAGCAUUACAUCGCGGUGUACCGGAGCCUGGCAGCUAUAUGGAUCCUUCUAGGGCUGGCGUGGCUGGCGGUGGUCCUCAGCCUGGGAUCCCUGCUUCUGCACAGGUGCUCCCGGCUUUGGCUACUCAUCAGAGGCCUGGACCUCAAGGAUGGAGCAGACCCUGACUCUGACCCUAGACCACAGAAAAUCCCCAUCUCUGCAUGA